AUGGACGCUCGCGUCCUAGAUCGGGACCUCCCAGACGACGACGAUUCCCCCGGUACUUUUGAAUCUUCCUCCGACGUUGCUGACGACGGAGCUGGACAAGGCAAUUCAAUAUGGGACGCUCGCCAAUUCAAUGGAAAAUUCCCCCCCGCCAAUUCAAUGGACGAUUCCCCCACCAAUUCGCUCGACGAUUCCGCUGCCAAUUCAAUGGAUGCUCGCGCUCCAGAUCGGGACCACCCCGACGACGACGAUUCCCCCGCCACUUCGGAAUCUUCCUCUGACGUUGUUGAUGGCAGCGCUGGACGAGGCAAUUCAAUAUGCUGCAUCCCAGAAUCUUCUUUGGUAGUGUGUCUGUGUGUGCAUUACGCUUUGGUAGUUACUUGCAUUUGUGUUAGUUAG